CUUGCUCUCUAAGCAACCAACCGUCCUCCCGAUCCCAAAAUCCCCAACCCUUCUCCCCAAAACCCUCGAUCGGGAUCCAUGGCUUCCUCCUCGCCGGCACCGCCGGGCGUGAUGCUCGCCAUCCACGAGAAGAAGACCAGCACCGUCGAUCUCUACCGCCCACUCCGCAACUACAUCGUCGUCCACUACUCUGAGCGCGAGGCACAGCUCCUUGAAGAUGAUCUCGAGACCGUACGUCAGCUCCGAUGCGACAUCGAGAAGCCCCCUGAAUCCUCCCCACCGGACAUCCGCCGCGACACCCUCCAGGCCUAUGCUCGCGCCCUCGCUGUCAUGGAACCGCGUUUUCCAAUUUCCCCAGAUCGCUCUCACAUAAACGCCAUCACCUUCACCUGGUUUGACGCCUUCAAGCCCAAUAAAAAGGCAGCGCAGCAGAACAUCCAUCUGGAGAAGGCGGCGGUGUUCUUCAAUCUCGGGGCAGUGUAUAGCCAGAUGGGGCUGGCGGCGGACCGGAGCUCGCCUGCUGGGCUCAAGCAGGCGUGUAAUUGUUUUCAGUCGGCUUCUGGGGCGUUUGCGUUCUUGAGGGAUAAUGUUUCGAUGAAGGCGGCAAUUGGAGGAGCUACUGUGGAUGUUUCGGCGGAGUGCGCCGGGAUGUUAGACCGGCUCAUGCUGGCGCAGGCGCAAGAGUGUUUUUUUGAGAAGGUUAUCUCGGAUGCGAAGCCUCCCGGGCUCUGCUCCAAGGUUGCACGACAGGUUGGUCUGUACUAUGAGGAGACAUAUGCGGCAUUGAGUGUUCCCCCUCUCAGCCAACACUUUGAUCGCUCAUGGAUCUCUCAUGUGCAGUUGAAGGCAGCCCAGUUCUAUGCUGAGGCCUGCUAUAGAGCUGCUUUAGAACUUCAUGGGAAAGAAGAAAUUGCUGAAGAAAUAGCGAGAUUGAAAAUUGGUUUAGGUGUCCUCACAGAUGCAAAGAAAUCAGCCAAGGGGGUUGCUGCAGUCCUUCUUGAUGCUAUCUCAAGAUUGGAAAGUAAUAUGAAUGUGAACCUGGAGAGGGCUGUGAAGGAGAAUGAUCGGGUCUAUCUCAUGCGGGUCCCUGCUGCUGGUAGUUUGACAUCUUUACCUGCUGCUUCCCUUGUCAAGCCUGUGCCUAUGGCUGAUUUAUUGGAUGCUAGUAAGGACAAGUUGUUUGCAACCCUUGUCCCUGAUAGCAGCGCUAAGGUCCUCUCUAAAUAUACAGAGAUGGUUGAUGACAUCAUUAGGACACAAGCUGAGAAACUGCAGCAAGGAAGUGAGAUCACAAGAGUAAAAUUGAAGGAUAUGGACUUACCUGAUUCCAUUCUUGCUUUGGAGGGAAAUUUUAGUCUGCCCAUGGAUCUGAAGGAAGAUGUUGAGGCUGUGCAGAUUAGUGGUGGCCCAUCUGGUCUUGAAGCUGAAUUGCAGCAGCUCCGGGAUUUGAGGAGGGUAAAUCAGGAGCUUUUGGUCCAGACUGAAGAACUAUUGCAGAAAGAAGAAAGGGAGGAUGCACAAUUUCGUACCCAAUUUGGAACACGUUGGACUAGGCCUCAGUCCAGCACUUUAACAAAGAACUUGCUGGAAAGAUUGAACAGGUUUGCUGGAAACCUCAAGCAAGCAGCUGAUAGUGAUGCUCGGAUUGAGCGUGCUGUGAGAGAUAACAUGGAACUCAUGUCAAUCCUUGAUCAUCGUCCGAUAGAGUCUGCCGUUCCAAGUCUUGCAAGGCCUAUAAUGUCUUUGGAUGGCAAUGAAGAUGCUAUAGUUGGAGCAUUGAAACAAAGCUUGAGGCAAUUGGAGAAUCUUGGCGCACAAAGGGCUGGUCUUGAAGACAUGCUCAAAGAGAUGAAGAGGAAGGAUGAUAUAUUACCAAAGUUGAUGACAAGCACUGGGUCAAGUGAAGAUCUUUUCAAGAAGGAGAUAUCAAAGUAUGAUCAUAUCUGUGGAGAAAUAUCUCAAAAUAUUGAAGCGCAGGAGCAAUUGCUACUUCAAAUUCAGGCACAAAAUGAUGACUUUGCAGCUGUCUUUAAUCUAGAGGAUUACAAAGUUUCCCGUGAGAGGUGUUACAAGCAGAUUGCUGCAGCCAUAGCGAAAUAUCGUGAAAUCAAAGACAAUAUUAAUGAGGGUUUGAAAUUCUACGUCACCCUUCAGGAUGCAAUAACAAAUGUAAAGCAGCAAUGCAGUGAUUUCGUGAUGACCAGAAACAUCCAAUGCCGUGAAAUGAUCGAAGAUGUACAGAGGCAAAUUGCUGGUCUCAACUUCUCCACCAAUGCCAAAACAGGCUACAAUUACCCUUCGGCUGGCCAAUCCAACCCGCAGAGGAGCACCCCACAACAGCCAGACCCACAGAGUUCUCCACUCCCAUCUCAUCCUCAAUCACCUUACGGCCAUCCCUCUGGCGAACAGGCCCGGCCUGCAUAUUCACAACCAUAUCCACCAUACACCUCAUCACAACAGUCACCUUACCAUGCUCCUCCAGGUGCUCCCACUUCCUACCAGCGUCCUCCUCAUGAAUACGGGCAACCAGCUUAUCCAGGAUGGCGCGGACCGUAUUACAAUGCACCGCCGCAACAACAAAACCCAUAUCCUCCUCCCCCAUACUCUUUACCAGGUCAGUAUCCUCAGCAAGGCAAUUACUACAAGCACCAAUAGAAUACCUAUUUCAGUUUGAUACAAUGAACUCAUGCUGGUUCCUCCAAUAUAUUACUGUGAAUGCAUGCAUUUAUCGGUUUCGUUAUCCUUUUAGCUAUGCUUUACAUUCAUCCUAGAACAAUGCUUGUAAUGGUUUAUAUAAAAUAUCACUGUAUUGUUUCCAUGUGAUUAUUAAAUAAAUGUCUGAAAGCUUCAUUCAUAUAUAACAAACUUGGUUUCCCA